AUGCUAAUAAAAGGUUAUGUGAUAACCAUUUUGAUUCAAUGUAUAAGACUACCGGAGGUCGUCUUAGUUGGUCAACAAUCAAUACCAACCAUUAAUUUGAAUCGUAUGCAGCAAUCACUAUUAACAUUUGUUGAAAUUGACCAUAGUUACUCCUGUCCAAGAAGAGAAUAUUCACAAUCUAAACCUUUGGCUAAUAUAUUCCUGGAACUUCUCUAUGUAAAGUGUCAC